ACAGAUUUCAGUUGGUAGACUCUACUAAGCCAGAAGGAUACGCGAGUGUGAAUAGAUUUUAACAAUACCUUUAUUUAUCUUUUAUAUUAGUGUUAUCAGUGUAUUUCUAGUGAUAUGCGAAAUAAAUGUUCAAAAAUAAUGUUUUUUCGUUAAAGCAUUGUUUAUUUUGAUGGAUGGAUCCAAAGAUAGCCUGGUUCCAGCCCGAACAACUAGGCCCGUCCAAGGAUUUUUGGUCUCUCGUCUGGGAUGCUCAUGAACCUGUAGAUAAUUUGAAAAUUGGAGAUUUGAACAAUCAAAAAUUUCAUGAGAGUAUAAGCUCAGAUAUCUUGAUCAACAGUGAUUUGAAUAUAAGGAGAAACCAAUUGAAUGCUGCAAACAAUAACAAUAAUAAUCCUGCUUCAACAUUCGGCAUGAAUAAAAACCACGCUUCCUUGAUUGGUGUACACGGUGGAUGUCCCUGGCGACCUCCCAAUAAGAUGUAUAAUCAAAAAUGUAUUAUUGGACUCCAUGAAGAAAUAGAGGAUUUCUUCGAAUAUAUGUCACCGAAUCCUGAAGAGCACAAUAUCAGAAUGUCUGUCGUGAAACAGAUAAAAGAAAUUAUAAAACAGUUGUGGCCAUUUGCCAAAGUCGAGGUCUUCGGCAGCUUUCGAACCGGACUAUAUUUGCCUACAAGUGAUAUCGAUCUGGUAGUGAUUGGAGAUUGGAAGACAUUACCUCUCAGGACUCUUCAGGAUGCUCUACUGAAAAACAACAUUUGUGAUGAAAAUCAUGUGAAAGUACUCGAUAAAGCAUCAGUUCCAAUAGUGAAGCUGACCGAUAAGCGUACCGAUAUCAAGGUGGAUAUCAGUUUCAACAUGAGCAAUGGAGUGAGGUCGGCGCAGCUCAUUCAGUACUACAAAAAGCGUUUCCCAUCAUUGGCAAAGCUGGUGCUCGUAUUGAAGCAGUUCCUUCUCGAGCGUGAUUUGAACGAAGUUUUCACUGGAGGCAUCUCAUCGUACAGUCUCAUACUUAUGACGAUAAGCUUCUUGCAAUUGCACAGGCGCGCUGACGCCCAUCUGCCCAACGCUAACCUGGGAGUGUUGCUUGUCGAAUUUUUCGAGCUGUAUGGCCGUCAAUUCAACUACCUGAAGACGGCCAUUCGUGUCAAGGAGAAUGGCACCUACAUUUCGAAAGAGGUGCUCUCGAAUGAGAUGGUUGACGGUCAUCGUCCAUCUAUACUGAGCAUUGAAGACCCGCUGACUCCGGGAAAUGACAUUGGACGGGGCUCUUACGGCGCCUUGCAAGUCAAGCAAGCUUUUGAGUACGCCUAUGUCACGCUCAUUCAGGCAAUCAAUCCCAAUGGCCAGGACAUGCUCUUCGAUCCCAACAAAGAUAGCAUUUUGGGCCGCAUAAUCCGUGUUACCGACAAAGUGAUUAAGUACAGAUCGUGGAUCAAGGAAAACUUCCCUCUGCAGAAACUAUCAAUUGCCUCGAGCAGUGCAUCUAGUAGUAGUGAGGCCUCUUCGUCGUCUAGUGAUACUGAUUCCGAGUACAGUGAGCCCCCUCAAACGCUGUUAGUAAAGUUACCUGAACAAGGUUCUCGCUACUUGGCCCCUCACACCACCAACCACCAAGUGGUGCAUCCGCGCAACCACCACCACCACCACAACCAUCACCACCACAGGGUCAACCACCAUCGUCACCACAACCACAAUCAUAGCCAUAACCAUAACCAUAACCACCACCACUGCAAUGGUGCCCACCACAAUCAGCACAAUUGGAAUUUCAAUCAGCAACAAAAUCACCGUCAGAUAUCGCCACCGCUGCAAUGUGCCAAUAAUGGGGGCUUACGUGGCCUGCCGCAAACGACUCAAGGGGUGAUGGUGAACGGAGGGGGCUUGAUGCAUCACUUCACUCCAGCUUCCUCAUCAGACAACAACAACACCAAACAGUACUCGAAUCAAAACGGAUUUGGCAAGGUGUUUCAGAACCGCAAGCGUGCCCACAGUAAGGCUCCCAAUGAUGGCAGACGCCACCACAAGCCUCCACAGGGCCAAAAGCAGCCAUCAAAUAGCAACCACAGCAACCAGGGUGUACAGCAACCACAGCUGCAGCCACAAGUGCCACAAACCCAUCGGUAAUGCAUGUUUUUUGUGACCGCUACUAUAGUCACCGUCACAUACCCGGCGACUGCAGCAUUCUUCUUCACUCCACCCUAACCGUGUCAAUCUAGUCUUCGACUACCUAGUUAUUUAUUUAGGGGCAGUUUAUUGUGGUUAUCAUAAAGUGUCGAACGCAAACGAGGAAUGUUCAUAUCUAGUUGUUCUCUACCCAUCGCUCUGUUGUGCAACUACUGUGUGUCCCCCUUCUAUGUGAAUGGUUCAUCACUAACUACCAAUCUCUUGUGCAACAAUUUAAUCAAGCCCCUUCGAUGUGGAUAUCAAUUGAAAUGUUUAAUGCUACUUGUGGAACUACGCAAACUAUGCAAACAGUAUAUGUAGAUGUAUAUGAAUCCCCCUUCAAUGUGGUUAUUUAUUCGAAUCUAUUUAUUCGUCUCUACCUAUUGCGCUCUCUUGUAGAACUAUGUAACCGGUAUAAAACAGGUUCUCGUCCUGUGUCCUAUAUCAGUCCCCCUUGUGAAUCGUUAACAAAGAAUGUACAUAUAUCAGCUUGUCUGUACCUACCGCUCUCUUGCGGUUCUAUGUAAUCAGUAAUCAAUAAUGAUAUAAAUUUAUAUGUUUAAUUCCUAUCGAUGUGAAACUUUGUAAUUAGUCUGUCAACCCGUCUUCUACGUGGUUAGUUAUUCAGUAAACGUUUCCCCGUGAACAGAAUGCUAGGAUAAUCAAUCAAGUUUCAAAAUUUAUUCUGCGGGUACAAAUAAAUUUCACAAUCAAUAAUUAUGCAGCAUAAAGCAGCAGAGAAGCUUAAAUUAUGCGGAAACGUCCAUUUUUUACGGCUCAUAUUGAAAAAAUGAAGCAGCGCUUCUGUAUUGUGUACGCUGUAACUCUUUCAUUCUAGAAAGGAAGUCAAAUAUAAAAAAACUGUGUGCAUUCAUGUUAUUGAUCACAUUUGAAAAGUAGUUUGACAUUUUUAACAGUAUAUUUAUAAGAAGAGUGCUCUUUAUGAAAAAAACCCAACUCUGAUAUGACAACCCUCAUUAAUUUUGGGUGUAAUUAAUAAGUAUUUAAAUAGUGUUGCUCUAGUAAAUAUUGUCCCAUAUUUUUCAUUCAUCAGCGAGAGAAAAUAAAUGCUAAAUUGCACUUACAUGAACAAGUCCUUAUACCUAAAUGUUUCUGAAGAGUGUAUUGUUCCACAGUUUCCAAACAUACAAUCAUUUCAUGAACGAAGUAAAUAAUAUUUAUCACUACCAGUAGAGUAAUUAAAUGUUUCUGUGUAUUGUAUAUUGAUAUCGAUGUAAUGUAAAUAAACGAUCACAGUUGAUGGUGUGGAGUUUUGUGCGUUAUGGAAGUUAUCGCGUUUUAUGCUUGGGGGCUGAUUUUCAAACUUGGUGAAUGUAUGUGUUUAAUGUAAGUGUGAUCUGCAAUGUUAUCGAACAGGUCGAUGUUCUGGCCGGCCGAUUGCAAGCGAUUCAAUGUUCAAUAUCCACCUGUAUUAUACAUUGAAGACAUAUCAACAUAAUCAUUAGUCAUUUGAAACUUGAAUUGAGUUUUAUUGACAAAAAAACACAAAAUAUUCAAAUGCAGCAGUGGUCUGGUUACUAUUAACAUUGUAACGUAAGGUAUUGAGGGCUCUCACUUGGCAGUACUAUUAAUUAAGUUGCAUCACUACUGAACUUGAAAAAUUAUAAAAAAAUUCUUUGUAAGUUUAAGUUGAAAUAUUAAAAGUAUGUCCUUACUAUAGUUAUUUUAUCUUACUCAUUAAACAUUCUAUGUCUUAUAAAUGUACGAUAAUUGAUGUAACCAUAGUGAUAUUUGUAUGGCUAUCACCCUUAUGGUUCCAUUAUUCGACUGUGGCACAUAUGACAACUUAUGUUCAAAUGAGGUCUUAUAAUAGAUUAUAAUUGUUAGAAUAGGUCUUCUCCUUUUUUAGAAUAUACAUUUUCAUGCAGUCCUCUUAAAUUUACGUAGAUUCAUAAUUUUAGACUAAAAAAAUUAAUAUUUUGAUGAAAUGUAUUUUAAUGCUUUUAGUAUCAGUACUAUUUUGUGUUUUAAUUUAUAUUAUUUCAACUGCUUUCUUAUUUUAAUCUUGAGAAUCCUUGUGACAUCGCAACCACGGGGCCUUACAUGCUUUACAGUUAUACUAUUUAUUGAGUUUAUUCUGUUUUCAAUUGUUCAUUUCAAUUUUAUUCCUUAUCAUUGUUAUAUUUUCUGUUUCUAUCAAAUGUUUUUAUAUUUUAAAUUGUAAAAAUGGAUGUUGAUAUAAUUACAACACAUUUUCACCAAUAAUGAAAUCACUGGGGAAUCAAGUUGAGAGUAUUCCAUAAUUAUUAUUGUUAUUCAUUGUAGAUUAGUCUGGCAUCUCCAUUGAACAUUUUAAUCAAUGACUAUUUUGUGUUGUUAUUCCAUCAUUCCUGGCCUGUUUCAUUUAAAUCUAUUUUGAAUUAUUAUUUAAAUUACGAUGUGAUAGAAUUGUGAAAAAUAUUCUGCGUGAAUUGUGAUGUAAAUUGUCACUUCACAAUACAAUUCGACAUUCACCAUUCAAUUCAACUAUUAACAUCACUAUUUAUCGCAAAUUUAUACAUGUCGUAUUAUGCAAUUUUAUACAGGCUCAGCUACUGUUCAUCACUUCCAAUACAUUGACCAGUAUUUCUUUAGAAGUACUAAAAAGUAUUUACUCACUUAUCUUAUAGUAAUUUAUAACUAGUGGCGUGCUACCAAUUUAUCCUAAUAGGUUGAAUAGCUUUCACCUAUCAUCUAAGGAAAGUCAUCGGUUCCAAAUAAGCUAAUAUCUUGAUAUAUCAUAAAUGGAUCUAAUGCUUAUGAAUAAGAGAUUCAGUUCAGAGCAAAUCAACUUAUAAUUUUCAUAAUAAUUGUGCAAUUUACAACAAAAUUUACUGAACAAAACCAUAUGACACUUAAACAUAGAAUCUUACAAGCUAAAAUACUUAUCUAUGCAUAUUUGAAUUCAUUUGUUUGGCUACAGACUUCAAAAUUAUACGAUACAUUCAACACACAUUUAGAAAAUGAUAAAAUUAUUCAGAUCUCAAAUAAAACAUUUUAAACUUCACUUAAACAGAAAAUUUUCAACAGGACAAAAACGAUUCUAUUUCAGCCAGCAGCCAUUUUUUCUGAGGCUCCACGUACUUGCUUUCUCAAAGGACUCACCUUAAAAACGUCAUCAAUACCAACCUCACAAAAAAAAGAAUACAACUCUACAAAUUUCAUUUAUUAUACUCAAUAAAACUUUAUUUUUGAAGUUAUUUUAACUUUAUUUAACCUUUAUGUUGUUUAGAAUUAUCUGUUAAUUCAGAAAUAGAACUGUGUUACAGUAGGAUGUUCAACAUAAGUUUAUCUGAUAAAUUCCCGGUGAAAAGUUGAUCCGCAUAUCGAUUACACCGAUAUUUGCUAUAAAGUGUUAUUAAUAUUUUGAAUAUCGAAUUGAAGAUUCUAUGUUGAUCGAGAAAAAAUGUAAUAUUACACUAGUGAAAAACUUGAUUAAUAAUAUUAAUAUUAAUCAUCAGUCUUCGGUAUUGGAUGUUCAAUUUAAUUUCUGGCUAGGAGAUGAUAUUUAUCUCGGGGAUUGUAAUAAUAUUCCCAUAGUAACCGUAAAAAACAUUAAAUUCACAUCUAUACUGUACGACUCCAUUCAUGUUAUUCACAUUCUCUUCUUGAGCUGAUAAAAAGUCAAAUUCUGAAAAGAUGUUUCAAUUCACACUACAGGGAUAUUAUAUUUAUCAUGUAGAUUAAUUUAGCAUUGAAAUUUCACCAGAAACCCCAUCUAUGCAAGCAGAAUCAUCAAUUUUUGAACUGUAGCUUUAUGCUCUUUCUUUCGACUAAUCCAAUCAAAACAAAAAUUAAACAAUCCAUGCAGAAAAAACAAAACUAAUAAUGUUGUAUGUCAUUCAUUCUCAUACUGAUAUGUAUCGAAAAUAAUUUAAAUAUAGAAGUACUCUUAAGGUAAUAUUAAAGUGUGUAUAUUUCGUUGAUUCAAGUGGGUAUACAUAUUAUGCAUUAAGAUAUAACCGCCCAUCCUAUAAUCAAUUUUACAAAAUAUUUUGUAAUUAUGAUAUUGAUGUUUAUCCAGCUAUUGAUUGUUAGGGUUAAUUCAGUGUUGAAAUUUAUAAAUGUAAUCCAAUUGAUCAUUGUCAAAGUAGUUAUAAUCGAUUAAAAAAAUGAAGUGCUUUGUAGCUGCCAGACUAUAUUUGGGAAGGCUAGGGUUAUGUUAUGCUAACCUGGCUAUGAGGCUAUGAAUCAUAGGAAAAAGACCAUUGGCUUAUCAGUAUUGAAUUUCCAUGAACAAUUUUGACUAGUAACUUCAUUAUCUCUCAAAACUGGAAUUCAUUUCUUUAGCCGCAUCAAAUGUAAUUAACUUCAACUGUAUCAUUAAAUAACGCUAUAUAACUUCAACUGUAUUUUUGAUCUGUACUACUGUCCUAGCUCCAAAUACGGACGUGAAAACACAUCUCUAUUAUCGUGAAUUUGAUAAAUUAGGAAAAGUGUUUCAUACUUAUCUAUUUUCAAAAUAAUAGUACCGUAUACAAUUAACAAAGAUCAUGAAGAUUCUUAAUUCUUUUAAGUAGUGGGAUACUUCAUAAGAAUACUGAGGUUCAAUUCAAACUGUCAGCAUUCCUUGUAAAUAGCAUCCUUACUCCCCUUCCAACCAAUGAUGGCAGAUUAAAGUGAUCUCAGAGAAAAUAAACUUCAAGAGUUUGGAAAAUAAUUUAUUAUUGUAAUAGUUAUUUGUGCAUCUAGUGCGCAAAGUGAAAGUUUGCUGCACCGAAAGAAACGUUUACGCCCGAGCCGUAGGCGAUCAAUUGAAAAUUAAUAAUCGAUAAUUCAUUCAAAUUAAAAAUUAAAUUAAUCCAAUUAAUUUGAAAAUUUGAAUAAAUCUUAAUUUCUAAAAAUUUAACCGGCUGCUGUGCAACCGGGCCUUAGUAUUAAGAGUACGCAAAGUAAUACUUUGCGCACUAGAGCGGAAAAGUGAUUCUUUGCGUUCUGUAAUCAGUGCAGCAAUGGCCACUUUCCAAGGUACCUGUAGGAGAAAAUUAUUUCCUCCCAAAUGUCUAUAUUUCAUAAAUAUUCGCAACAUUAUAUUUAUAAUAGAAACAAAUAUUAUUAAUGUUUAAGUUUUGUUCAUUUAUUCUGAUAGGAUAUAAUAUGAGAACACCUAAUUCAAAUUCAUGAGCUCAAAAAAUCAGUUUUGCUCAAACUUCAUUAUUGAUUGAUAUUUGAUGAUUUUUUAUAUGUUAACGAUAAUACAAUUAUUUAUUUACAGUUUUUCAUCUCACUCAUUUUUAUUAUUUGUUUGCAAUUAUUAUGGUGCAUCAAAUUCCGAGUUAUUUCUACAUAAUGAGUGAUUUGUCAAUUUUAAUAACACAAGUAGGUCUAUUUAUUGAAGACAGGAAAUGAAAUACAAAUAAUUCAUGAAUAUAAAAAUCUCAAUUUUUUGUUUAUUUGUAAUUCUUUUACUCAAUCAUGUAUUCCUGAUCAAUUGAAGUUAUUAUUUUUCAAAUACAUACAAAUUAAUUGAAAUUCCUAAUAUUUAGUCAAAUUGACAUUCUGUUAAAAUCUACAGUAUCUUCCAAAAUUGAAUUAGCUUCAUCCAUCACAUUUGGUGGAAUUGACAUUUGGUUCAUAUCUGCAAAUUUUACACAGUCAGUGGUCUCUUUCCGAAUUUUUUGGAUGAUAAUAACAUAAUUUUUAACAGAUACAAUGUUGAUACAGUCAUGUAAAGUGUGGAGCCCUUAGUGCUAAAUAUUCUCCAUCCACACGCCUAUCUACGUUUGCUGUGUGUUUUUAUGUUCAAAAUAAUUUAGCAUUUAUAUUCAACUCAUCUCAAUGUUUGGAGUAAGUGAUUGGAAAACUUUGAAUAAUUCUAUGAACAGUAAGUGUUAUGAAUCGAUGUUAUAUCUAUUUUAUGAACUACUGAAAAAUAUCAAAAAGUUGAUGUUUGUCCCUUCAAUCUGUAAUAUUAAGCCUAUGUAUGUAUUUCUUCCAGGAAAAGUGUGUGCUAAAUGAAUAUCGAAUAACUGAUCAGAAUUGAGUGCAUCAUACAAAUGCAAGUGUUACUUGUUUGGUGUAAUAUGCAAAAAUAAUACUUUGGUGUAAUAUUCAAUACUUCAGAAAAGUAUUCGCCCGGAACAUUUCCAAACUUUUGUGCCGAAACAGUGCUGUUAUUGUGCUGUUACAAUCAGUAAAUGUUAUGUAUGUGUACAAUUAAAAAUUUAAUAUUUGUUCCUGUUCUUCUCUGAGAAGAAUAAUAAUUGAUUGAAUUUUAAUCAAUUUGUAUGACUGGUGUAGAUGAAUUAAUGUUAUUUGUUCGAAAAUUAAGAAUAAAAAUGAAAAAAAAUGUGUUAGUUUUAAAUGUCUGCAAUCGGCCUUCAUGUUUUAUCUAAUUAUAUCUUCUCCGUCAAAAUACGAACUUUCAUGUACCAUUUCGUAUAUAUGGACUAUCGUAUCUUUAGAUUGAUUCUAAAUCAAUUCGUCACAAUAUUUUUGAAGAAGUUGUACAUAUUUUUAUUAAUUUCAUAACGUUCUGUAAAUAAGGUUAUAUUUGCGUUAUAGUUUUAUUGUCAUAAAGAAUGUUUGAAAAGUUCUGGUGUUUUUGUGCAAAACCGGAAUGAUAGUUUGGUCGUCUACACAAACAUUCGGUUUACUUAUGAUUGAAUCUGAAUUAUCAUUAAUUUGUUAAAUUUGCACAUCGCUCUUGCUUAUGGAAAUCUGAGAACUUUGAUCAAUUUUAUAUCUAAGUUCAUUUAAUUUUUGAAGCUUUGGAGUAAGAAGUCACUCAAUCUUGAUGCAAAUAGAAAGUUUAGAAUCUUAUUAUGUUAAUAUCUCAAUUCAAAUUUUCUAAAAUAGAUUAGGAAAGUCUGCAUUAUUGAAUACACCAUUAAGCUUAGUUAAUCAAAAAUUCCAACUAAUGCAUUGUUCGUAUUACACGAAAUUAGAAACGUCUAUAAGAAUGCAUAUUUUAAUUGUCACUUUGCAAAGCGUUCUUUUAUUUUAUGAUAAGCACUAUUUUUGUCUCUUAUCUUACCUUUAUUGCAACUUAUUCAACAAACAACUUAAUUAUUACAAAGCAAUGGUCUAGUACUUUUCAAACAUUUCUUUGUGUAAGUGAAAAACAAUAAUUUGUUUCUACUAUGAAACUACUAUGAUAUCUUAUUAGUUACUUUAUGUGUAAUCACUACAGACUCAUUCCUUGAUAAUUUGCUAUUCUAUUUAACUUCAUUUAUCUAUUCUAAGAUAAGUUUUUUAUUUGUUAUUAAUUUUAUUUUUGUACAUACAGAUCUCUGGAGAUGGAGACUUUUUCCGGUGAAAUCGAUGCACCUCGCUUUUUAUCAACUUUAAUAAGUUAUUGAUGCCAUGCAAUGGUAGUGUUAAGUAAUUGUUGUAAAGUAACAUGUAUUUUCGAAAGUAUUUAUCUAUCGUGAAACUAUACGUAUGAAGGCCCUUAUUCGAAAUGUUAUUGACAAAACUGAAUUCAAUUGUAUUGAAUUAACUCUGAUUUAAUUAUCUCAUAUUCAUCUGUCAUAACUUCUGAAAUCUUGACCAUUGACUCAACUUCUAUUUCUUUCAUCAAGUAUUCUAUUUUUCAAUAGUGAUCACUACUGUUAAAAAUAGUUAUUUGUUCUUCAACUGCAUUGAAUUUUAUAUAAAUUUAAAUAAAUUGCACAUGACGAUUUUAAUUCUUCUCAAUCUAUGAGCUUGUAAAGCUGAUGUUUUGAUGGGAAAUUAAGCACAUCUGUUGAAAAUUGAGUUUUAUAUGCCAAUAUAAAAUAUAUAUGUUUUAUAGUCACUGAAGCGUCAUUGAGAAUCCGCCUGUUGGGUUUCAAUGGUCAUGUCAAUUUCAAAGCUAAUUAAAUUGAGUGUGAAGAUAUAUUUUUUAAUUGAAUGUGCUGUCAGGGAAUGAAUAUAUCGUAAAUCAGUAAUUUAAUCACGAGCUCUGCUACAAGUAAGUGUUUAAUUACCUGUACUGUGUUCAAUCAUAAAAGCAUAACAAAUUAUUAUCGUACGUUUCUAUUUUCUCUAUUAUAUUUGUUCAUAGUUUUAAAAUUCAUAGUCAAAACCUGUAGUUUUUUAUUUACUUUCAAAUUUUGAUUAAAAAAAAAUAUAUAAAUAUACCAUGGACACAAAAACAUGUGUCUGAGGGACCAGUUACUUUGGUUAGAUUGGUUGGAUAAAUUUAUUCAUUACAAUUCUUAUUUGACAUUGAAUUUCUAUUCAUUGUUUUUCAAACUUGUUUUAAUUACAAUACUUUUAUCGAUUUUAUUUAAUUAUUUUAAUUUGUUCAAUAUUUAUUUUGCUGAUUUUGCAUUAUCCACUAAUUAUUUAACUUCUAAGUAUUUCUAAAAUUAAUUCGAAAAAUAGAUUAUGGGUUCCAAAGUUUCCGCAGGGAUGCCACAUAUAUUUAUCAGUAAUAUUUUGAAAACUAAAUCGUCAUUAAUAAAUAUGAAAAAUGUCUAAAACCUGAAAAAAUUGCAAUAGCCGAAUCAGAUAUUAAUCUUCUUUUAGUUCAUAGAUAUUCGUUGCUAUGUCAAUUGUUUUCAAUCAAUAGUGUGACAUUUUGUUUUAAUUUGUAAAUAAAGGGAUGAGCGAUGUGCAACUAUAGAGUUGAAAGAGGUUGCAUUAAAAAUAAACGAAUUUUUUUGUGGAAUCUGACAGUUCCAAAAGUCAGAAAAAUAUUUUCAAAAUAUCCGUGGCAACCCUGUUAAGGCAAUUAUGUGGCUGUCAUUUCCAGAAUAGAUCCAUGGCCAUUCAAUUUGUUUGCUCAGAACACUCUAGUUUCGGUUGUAUAACAAAUGACAAUGUUAACCAAAUUUAAAAAAAAGAUUAUUGCAUUUUGUUGUUUUCAUUAGAUUGAGUUAUUGAAUGACUUAAUAGUAUGAUAAGAAUAUUUUCUAUUAAUGUGAACUUCAUUCAAACAAAAAAAUAUAUAUUGUAAAUUGUUGUAAAAACCCAA